GAGCAAGACGCGGCGGUGGCGGUGGCGGCGGCUCCCCGGGCUCCGGUCGCUCCCGCCUCCCCAGCGCUGCCGGCGGCCGCAGCGGUGCACCCACGCCGGCCCGGAGGAGCAGAGUGGCUGUCAGAUCCUGGGAGAAGCUGCCUAGGUGGCUCCUUGAGGGUGGACCUCCUACUCUCCUUCAGGAGCCUCUACCUGGUCGUCUCCUCCUGCAAAUAAAGUGGCCAUUCUGUGGGCCUGCUCAGCCUUUUUUUAGAGGAAGAUGGAGAUGUUUCCUCACUCGUGGACUGCACCUCAGGAAAGAUAAAGCCAGUGAAUUGAGGAUUGCGGAGUAUUGCACACAUUCAAGUGUCCUGCAGUGGACACCAUGACACUGACUCCAGCAUGCCUAGAAAUCACCGUGGGGGCUUCUUAAGAGAGUGGCAGCCCCUCAGCUCUGCCCCCAGAAUGACUGGAUUUUUGAAUGGACUCCCAGGAAGUUCUGAUGUAUCUGGUUGAUGGACCACACUCACUGGUGGAACACUGUGGGAAAGAGACGAAGUCCCACCAUGUUGUCCAGGCUGGUUUUGAACUCCUGAGCUCAAGUGAUCCUCCUGCCUUGGCCUCCCAAAGUGCUGGGAUUAUAGGCGUGAGCCACUACACCUGGCCCUAUUCCCGUGACAGCUGUCUUGGAAGAGGUUCAUGAGAAAUGAUUGUGAGCUGAUCACACACUUCCUCAGGCUUGAGUGAGGAGCCCAGAAGUGUUCAUUUCUGUGUCGGGCACAGUGCUAAGUGCUGGGUGCUCACUGGUGAUGAGGCAGAUGAAGGUUACCAAACUUGUGGACAGGAGCCUCAUGUCAGAGACGUGGACCUCACUGUAGCCUGGUCAUGGCUUCCAGCUUUUCGAAUCUGAGGCUCCAAAGGAGGAAAUGACCAUUCAGGGAUCUUACUCCAGCUUGAUUACGGAAACUGAACCUUCAUAGGGUGUGCACUUACCAAGGACAGGAAGGUUUCUCUCUUUGAAGGGCUUUAAACUUAUAACAGAGAAAAUAAAAAUGACGACUUCGUCUAUCAGACGGCAGAUGAAAAACAUCGUGAACAAUUACUCAGAGGCAGAAAUCAAAGUCCGGGAAGCCACCUCCAAUGACCCGUGGGGCCCGUCCAGUUCUCUGAUGACCGAGAUUGCCGACCUGACCUACAACGUGGUGGCCUUCUCGGAGAUCAUGAGCAUGGUGUGGAAGCGGCUCAAUGACCAUGGCAAGAACUGGCGGCAUGUGUACAAGGCACUGACCCUGCUGGACUACCUCAUCAAGACAGGCUCCGAACGUGUGGCCCAGCAGUGCCGGGAGAACAUCUUCGCCAUCCAGACCCUGAAGGACUUCCAGUACAUUGACCGAGAUGGGAAGGACCAGGGCAUCAAUGUGCGUGAGAAGUCAAAGCAACUGGUGGCCCUCCUCAAAGACGAGGAACGGCUGAAGGCUGAGAGGGCCCAGGCUCUCAAAACCAAAGAGCGCAUGGCCCAGGUUGCCACUGGCAUGGGCAGCAACCAGAUCACCUUUGGGCGAGGCUCCAGCCAGCCCAACCUCUCCACCAGCCACUCGGAGCAGGAGUAUGGCAAGGCCGGGGGCUCCCCAGCCUCCUACCAUGGCUCGCCUGAGGCCUCACUGUGCCCCCAGCACCGCACAGGGGCCCCGCUGGGUCAGAGUGAGGAGCUGCAGCCACUGAGCCAGCGCCACCCCUUCCUGCCGCACCUGGGGCUGGCCUCCCGCCCAAAUGGCGACUGGUCCCAGCCCUGCCUCACUUGUGACCGCGCAGCCCGAGCCACCUCCCCGCGAGUGUCCUCUGAGCUGGAGCAAGCCCGGCCCCAGACUAGUGGAGAAGAGGAGCUUCAGCUGCAGCUGGCACUUGCCAUGAGCAGAGAAGUGGCUGAGCAGGAAGAACGCCUCAGGCGGGGUGAUGACCUCAGAUUACAGAUGGCCCUGGAAGAAAGCCGAAGGGACACAGUUAAAAUUCCAAAAAAGAAAGAGCACGGCUCUCUCCCACAGCAGACUACGCUGUUGGAUUUAAUGGAUGCUCUCCCCAGCUCAGGCCCCGCGUCCCAGAAAGCAGAGCCCUGGGGCCCGUCGGCCUCCACUAACCAGACCAACCCCUGGGGCGGGCCAGCAGCUCCUGCGAGUACUUCAGAAUCCUGGCCAUCGUUUGGUACCAAGCCAGCUGCCUCCAUUGACCCAUGGGGGGUGCCCACUGGAGCCAGCACACAAUCUGUCCCCAAGAACUCGGACCCCUGGGCACCUUCACAGCAGCCUGCCUCCAGUGCUGGGAAAACAGCUUCUGAUGCGUGGGGUGCAGUCUCCACCACCAAGCCUGUGUCUGCCUCUGGGUCCUUUGAGGUCUUCAGUAAUCUGAAUGGUACAAUUAAAGACGACUUUUCUGAAUUUGACAACCUUCGGACUUCAAAAAAAACAGCCGAAUCUGUGACCUCUCUGCCAUCCCAAAACAAUGGAACUACCAGCCCUGACCCCUUUGAGUCUCAACCCCUGACCGUCGCCUCAAGCAAGCCCAGCAGUGCCCGGAAAACACCUGAGUCCUUCCUGGGCCCCAACGCGGCCCUGGUGAACCUGGACUCACUGGUGACCAGGCCUGCCCCACCGGCCCAGUCCCUCAACCCUUUCCUGGCACCAGGUGCACCUGCUACCUCGGCCCCUGUUAACCCCUUCCAAGUGAACCAGCCCCAGCCACUGACGCUGAACCAGCUUCGGGGGAGCCCAGUCCUGGGGACCAGCACAUCCUUUGGGCCUGGCCCAGGAGUGGAGUCCAUGAGUGUGGCCUCGAUGACCUCCACGGCCCCACAGCCAGCUCUGGGGGCCAGUGGUUCCUCUCUGACACCACUGGGCCCUGCAACGAUGAACAUGGUGGGCAGUGUGGGUAUCCCCCCAUCGGCAGCCCAGGCCACCGGCACAACCAACCCUUUCCUUCUCUAGUGCCUGGGCCUGGGACCCGCCCAGAGCACCUGUGCUGGAGGAUGCAGAGCAGGGACUCUCGUCUGUGGGACGGGAUCCAAGAGUUUGGGGAUUAGGGGUAUUAGGGCUUUUCAGCUCCAGCUUCCUGAUGAAAGGGCUGUCUUUACAGCCCCAACCCUCAGACCCUCGCCUUCCAAGGCAGGCCCCUCAGCCUGGCCUCCUCUCACCACCUCCUCCAAAGCACUCAGGUCCUGGCAGGGCUCCUCUGAGGCCUUGGACGAGAAGGUGGAUUCAUCAGUGUUGCCCUUGCCCCCAGCCUCAGCCUGAGGGUCUCCAGGAUGUUGCUUGGCCCAGGACUUGGGGUGGUGGCCUUGUCUUUGUCCUCCCCACCCCCCAGCCCUAGGGACACCCCAGGCAGUCCUGGGUGUGGACACGAUUAAGCACCGGCUCCAUAAGACACCUUUUGGAGAAGUGGUUGUGCAUAUUUUAUUUUUCUUUGACUCGUGUGAGUUCAAAGUAAACACCACCACCGUGGACAACUCUUGAAUUAAAUCCACUAGAGCGAGCUUUAAAACUAAUCUGAGCAUAACCCCCAACGUGGCUCUAUGCUUGUGUACCUUUGCACAUAUUUUGUUUAGUACAGUUUUGGUUUUUUUUUUUUUUUCAAGACGGAGUCUCGCUCUGUCGCCCAGGCUGGAGUGCAGUGGCGCAAUCUCGGCUCACUGCAAGCUCCACCUCCCAGGUUCACGCCAUUCUCCUGCCUCAGCCUCCCAAGUAGCUGGGACUACAGGCACCCGCUACCAUGCCUGGGUAAUUUUUUGUGUUUUUAGUAGAGACGGGGUUUCACCGUAUUAGCCAGGAUGGUCUUGAUCUCCUGACCUCGUGAUCCACCCGCCUCAGCCUCCCAAAGUGCUGGGAUUACAGGCGUGAGCCACAGCGCCCAGCCUAGUACAGUUUCAUAUUUGAGUUUGCAGAAUUAUCUAAUAGUCUUUUUUUGGCUAAUAUUUUUAUAACGUGGUUCUUAUUUAACUGUCUAGUUUUGAUAGAAUUUACCAGGUCUGGCUGAAUGAAGAUAUUGGCACGUGUCAUUUUAGUGGUUUAAAUCCUCUUAUUUAUGGUUUUAACUCUAAGAAAAUUUUAAAAGGAAGAGAUGUUUGGAUGACAAAAAAAAUGCCUUAUUGAAAAACUAAAGCAAAUUCUUUAUAGGAAGAAAAUAUGGGAAUUUGAUUACACAUAGAUCAUGAUGUUUAUUUAAAAAAAAAAAACUACAACAGCAACAAAAAAUCCUAGCCUCCAGUUGCCUUUUCCUUUCUUUAGCUCCUGUUUUUGAUGAAUUACUAAACCGAUUGACUUUCAGCCUUUUUGGCUAGAUCCUGAGAGAGAGGCUAUUUUUCUUACGAAUAUACCAACAUCCUGAAAGUUAAAAAAAUCUAAUGUAUGAAUGUGACUCACCAAUUUUUAUCAACUAAUUCCUUUUUUUUAUUAAAGGCAUGCAGGGAUUAACAAGGACUUCUGUUUACAAUGGAAAUCUGAAAUGGAAGAAACAUCUUUAACCUUGUGUGUCUGUGAUCUCCUCUGUCUUAAUCCAUGCUCAGGCUAAAGAUGGGGAUAAUGUGGAAAUGGCAGUUGUCCUGAGGGUGUGGGGCGGGGGGUGCUUCUGUGCCCAUGGGUCCCUGGGCAACAGUCCCUAGGCUAAGAUGGGGGUGGGCGGCUAAGGGACCAGGGCUGGCCCAGAUCCACCUACCUGCUAACUCCAGACAUUAUUUUUAAGUUGGAGAUCUAAAAAUAAUUCUCUUGUAUUUUGGAGAUGAAGAAAAAAGUCAUUCACCUGGGACAGAUUUUUAACAAACAUGCACUAAUAUUACCUCCCUCUUCCAAACUCCUGCUGUCCUCACCUCACCCACCACUGUAAAAGUAUUACAUCGUGCAUUAAAGACCAGAAAAGACUUGCUUUUACCCAGGGAAGGGACAUUCCCCCAAUCCUGUGUCUGGGCAGCUUGCCUGGUGGAUGUUUCUGGCCCUUUUUCCACCAUGGGAACUUCUCACCUCUAGCUCUAAGGGCAGCCGACCACCUGCCAGUCCCUCUUUGGUUCCAGAAGAUUACCCUUCACACUGGUACAGGAGAGAUCUUAAAUGGUCUCUUGGCUGCUGGGACAUGCAGGCUCUGAGUGGGGACUGCACCCACUCAUGCUGUUCCUGAGGCCACCCUCUCCAGUCCCAGGAGCCGUGUCUAGAGUUCCUGACCAGCCACCCUCUGCCAGAACUGCAGGCCUGCGGCUGGGCCUUAGGCUCCCGCUGCCAUUCGGGUAAGCCGGUAGCUGGUCUCGUCUGCCGGGGGAAGGGUGGGGAGGUGCAGUGGGAUGGGAGGCAGGAUACUUGCCCAGCAAGGUGCUUUCCUUCAGACGGUGCAGGGUCUGGGCCAGCCUUACAGGUCAGUAGACCAGUCUCGACUACUUGGGGUCAGUGAUUCUUUUGUAACAAGAGCCCUUCACGAUGCGACUUUGAGGCCCCAACAUGACAGCCACUGUGCCACCAGGACCCAAGAAGACAGCCCCCUGCCCCAUCUUCUGGCACGGGCCAUCCCGAGUGCAUGUCCCUGUUGCCCACUGCACUGAUCAUGAAGCCACCGGCCACUGCCACGUGUGUUGCACCUGUGCCAUCGUGCUCCCUCCUGAUGGGCACUGUGGUAGAGGAAGUCACCCAGCUGUUUCUCAGUCCCAAAGGCUGGUGGCUGGUUUUGAACUUGUGUUGACUGUUGAUACUUACUUACUGUAUAAAUAUAAUUUAUCAUUUGUACCAUGA